AUGUUGAUCACCAGGAAGAUCUUGGUACUACUGCUGCUGCUUGUAUUGCUGGGCCAUGCUGUAUGCAAGAAACAUUCCAUUCCUUGCACCACAGCUGUUGAUCCUCUUCCUAUUCCUCAUGCAUUUUAUCAGCCUGGUGACCUGAUUGUUGGAGAGAUUGUUUCUCAAGUCUUCUACAUAUAUGACACUCCCUCAUUUAAAGAGCAGCCUGCACAGUUGUUUAUUUCUGAACCUAUAUCAGUACCAAAGAACUACCAGCACAACCUGGCCUUGGCUUUUGCUGUAAAGGAGAUCAAUGGGAAUCCAAACAUCCUCCCAAACAUCACUUUGGGCUUCCACAUCCUCAACAGCUACUAUGUCGCAAAGAUGACCUCAAAAGCCACCCUGAGCUUGCUUUCUUCACAGCACCUGUUUGUUCUCAAUUUCAAGUGUGACACCCAGAGCAAUCUGAUUGCAGUCAUUGGAGGACAGAGUUCAGAAGUGUCUGCUGAUAUCGCCACCAAAAUCGUCAUUUACAAGAUACCACAGCUGCAUUAUUUUCUAAGGAGCAUCAGUUUCAACAACAGUGCUGGAGACACAGUGUGUUUUGAUGAAAAUGGAGAACUGAAAGCUGGUUUUGAUGUUACAAACUGGGUAACAUUCCCAAAUGGAUCUUUUGCCAGAGUAAAAGUGGGAAGGCUGGAUCCUCAGACUCUUCCAGGCAAAGAGUUGACCCUGAAUGAUGAUCAAAUUGUGUGGCACAGAACUUUUAACCAGGUGAUACCCCUUUCUAUCUGCAAUGAAAAUUGCCAUCCUGGCUACAGCAGGAAAAAGAAGGAAGGGGAGAAAUUUUGCUGCUAUGAUUGUGCCCAGUGUCCAAAAGGAACAAUUUCUCAGGACGAGGAUAUGGAUGCCUGUGUCAAAUGUCCACAAGACCAUUAUGCCAACAACAACCGAAAUCAAUGCAUUCCCAAGGUCCUAAGUUUCCUCUCUUACAAAGAACUAUUAGGAAUUACCUUAGCUGUGUUGGCUGUUACCUUGGCUACGGUCACAGUGUUGGUGCUUGGAAUUUUCAUAAAACAGCAGGAGACACCCAUCGUCAAAGCCAACAACCGGAGCCUCACCUACAUUCUCCUUCUCUCCCUUCUUCUUUGCUUCCUCUGCCCCUUGAUCUUCAUUGAACAGCCAGGAAAGAUAACCUGCCUUCUCCGACAGACUACUUUUGCGAUUGUCUUCUCUGCGGCCCUUUCCAGUGUAUUGGCCAAAACCAUCACUGUAGUCCUAGCCUUCAUGGCUACCCAACCAGGAUCCAAGAUAAGGAAAUGGGUUGGGAAAAGAAUGGCCAAUUCUGUUGUCCUUUUCGGCUCCUUUAUUCAAGCAGGCCUUUGUACUCUUUGGCUAAGAACUUCCCCUCCGUUCCCUGAUAUGGACAUGCAGUCAAUUACAGGGGAAAUCAUCCUGCAAUGUAAUGAGGGCUCUGCUGUCAUGUUUUACUGUGUCUUGGGCUACAUGGGCUUCCUGGCCAUUGUCAGCUUCAUAGUGGCUUUUCUUGCCAGGAAGUUGCCAGACAGUUUCAAUGAAGCCAAGUUUAUCACUUUCAGCAUGCUGGUCUUUAGCAGCGUUUGGUUGUCCUUUGUUCCAACCUACCUGAGCACCAAAGGGAAAUCCAUGGUGGCUGUGGAAAUUUUUAGCAUCUUGGCCUCCAGUGCUGGCUUACUGGGUUGUAUCUUUUGCCCUAAAUGCUAUGUCAUUGUGCUGAGGCCUGACCUGAACAACAGAGAUCAAUUAAUAAGGAGAAAAAAGUGA